UGUCACCUACAAAUGUGUGAUUUGCGAUUAAGUUUGUAUAUGUGACCUACAAAUUUUAUUUUUGUGAUUGUGACUGUGACUGCGUGAUUUGUGAGUCGUUGACAGGACACCUAUUUCAUUCCAAUUAUCAGAAGUGUUGAAUUCCAUUAGUGAUCAUUUGCUUCAUUAAUUAUCGUUAUUAUUCUUGAAAAGGCUGGAUCAUAUCCCAGUUACUUGAACCACCGGUCCACCUCUGUGUCAAAUGUUUUCCUUGUCUAGCAGUUGGGCUGUGGGAAAUUUAAUUUCUUGGUUUUGGUUAAAGAUUAUGGUUUCACUAUGAACGGUGGAUUAAGCCGAGAGAAUUCGAGCAAGCAAGAAUUGGAGAAUGGUUUUAUACCCAAAUACAAGCACCGGAAAGUCUCUGCUUAUCGGAAUUUUCCCCCUAGGUGUGGCGGUAAUAAUGGCCCAAUAGGUUUGCAACCUGAUGAAAAGAGUAAUAAAGAGGGCGAAGUUUAUACAUUAAAGAGUUUGCCACCAGGGUUGCCAGUCACAAAUGGCAGUAUUAAGCAAGGGACUUCCCCUAGGCCGAGUGAUAAAUACCGUCAGCGAAGAGUAUCUGCUCUUCGUGACUUCCCUCCUUUAUGUGGAAGAAAUGCCCAUCGGAAAACUGAAGAAGAGCCACAAGGGAACACUUCUACGAAUGAUGACCUUGUUACGAAAAUUAAGGAAACUAAAGUAAGUGUGUUCGACGAGAUUAUGACGAUUUCUCAAAAAGAGUGUUUUUAUGGAGUCGAAAAGGUUGAUGAGGAAACACGAUCAGCUGAGACGCUGAAGUAUGGUAUUGGAAGAGUGCCAUCGGUAGAGCUAUUGACUGACAAUGUUAACCUUGGUGCUUCUCAAGAGACAUUGAGGACUAUUGCGGAUGGUGUUCCAAUGAAACAGAUAACGAAUGGUGGUUUAGGAGAUGAUGACAUUGAGAAAACUGAACACCAAGUAUCCAUGCCUGGAGCAAUCGAUAAUUGCGAUGAGGAUACUGAAGGGUCAGUGGUGAAGGAAAUUGCUUCUUACUCAGGGCAUGAAGUUCAUAUGGAGGUUGUGCAGUGCCUGAUGGCGGCACCAUAUUGCCCUUAUAGGCAGAAGAAAGUAAUCAGUUGGCAACAGAAGUAUAAAUCUGUUGCUAGGAAAAGUUGUCUUAAAGAAGACAACUCAGGAAGGCCUUCUAGGAAAAAGAUGGUUCGUGUUUCUGGCGAUUCAGAUGGAAGCCCAAGUGCAUUUGCAAUUGUGAAGGAUGAGGAAGAUUUUGGUGCAAAUGAUAAACUGCGUGAUUUUGUCCUCUGUCUACCUGCUUAUGGCUGUCGCAACAAUUUCAGUCACGAUGAUGCUCGCAACAGAGUGAUAGAGGCUCUUCACCUGUUUCAUGUUCAUUGUAGAAAGCUAUUGCGAGAAGAAGAAGCAAAGUUUGAGCUAGAAGAGAGAGGAAAAUCAAGGAAACUCGAAAAUUCACCCUUAAGGAUCGAUCUUCGUGCAGCAAAGAUCAUCAAAGAGAAAAGAAAAGAAGUUCAAAUGGGAAAGCAAUUUUUGGGUGAAGUACCUGGAAUUCACGUAGGUGACGAGUUUCAGUACCGGGUAGAGCUUUCUAUUGUCGGUAUUCACCACCCAUACCAAGCUGGUAUAGAUUUCAUGAAGCACAACGGACUACUAGUUGCGACUAGUAUCGUUGCUUCUGGGGGCUAUGCUGAUGAUAUGGAGAAUGCUGAUGUUUUGAUAUACUCUGGACAAGGACCUCAAGAUCACAAACUUGAAAGGGGAAAUUUGGCUUUAAGGAAUAGCUUAUCCACAAAGACUCCUAUCCGUGUUAUCCGUGGUUGGAAAGAGACGACGGCUUCUGAUUCUUCGGAUUCAAGCGCUAAGAUAGUCUCGACAUAUGUUUAUGAUGGCCUCUACACUGUAGAAAAGUAUUGGGUGAAAACAGGGCAUCACGGUAAGCUAGUUUUUACGUUUGAGUUGCGGAGAAAUCCCGAUCAACCCAAGGUUGCUUGGAAAGAGUUGAAGAAGUCGCAUAAGUACAGAGCUCGUUCGGGCAUUUGCGUAAAGGAUAUUUCGGGAGGAAAAGAGCUAUUUCCUAUAUGUGUUGUGAAUGUGAUAGACAAUGAGAACCCCCCGAAAUUCAACUACAUAACCAAAAUGAUGUAUCCUGAUUGGUUUUCCCCUAUUCCCCCUCAAGGUUGCAAUUGUACAGGGAGAUGCUCCGACUCGGGAAAAUGCCUAUGUGCAGUAAAAAAUGGUGGUGAAAUCCCAUUCAACCAUAACGGAGCUAUAGUCGAAGUGAAACCUCUUGUCUACGAGUGUGGUCCUUCUUGCAAAUGCCCUCCUUCUUGCUAUAACAGAGUAAGUCAACAUGGGAUCAAAAUUCAGCUCGAAAUCUUCAAGACAGAAUCAAGAGGCUGGGGUGUAAGGUGCCCAACUUUUAUUCCAUCUGGAAGUUUUAUAUGCGAGUAUGCAGGAGAGCUCCUUGAUGAUAAAGAAGCCGAACAAAGAAUUGGCAAUGACGAAUAUCUAUUUGAUAUUGGUAGGAAUUAUCACGAUUCAGAAAAAUCAGUAAAUUUAGUCGAAGUUUGGGAAGAAGGCUUUACAAUUGAUGCAGGUCACUAUGGGAACAUUGGAAGAUUUAUCAAUCACAGCUGUUCACCAAACAUUUACGCGCAGAAUGUGAUCUAUGAUCACGAUGACACAAGAACACCCCAUGUAAUGCUUUUCGCGGCUGAGAACAUCCCUCCCUUGCAGGAACUGACUUACCAUUAUAAUUAUUCACUGGAUCAGGUUCUUGAUUCCAAUGGAAAUAUCAAGAUUAAGAGAUGUCAUUGUGGCUCUGCAGAAUGUAGUGGCAGGAUGUAUUAAGCUGUAGGAUGCUUAAAUUUUUUAGCCAUCUUUAUUACUAAAUGUUUGGGUGUUGUGUUCAAAUUAUGGUAUAUUUUGUCUCAUACCUUGUUAAGAGAGGUUUUUGUGGGGGUAUUAACUCGGUUUUGCAUGCUCAGGUAGAGUUUGGAGUUCUUUUAUUUCUUCGGAGAACUUUUGCUGAUAGUUUUAUCUCUAUUUUGUUGAAAGAGAGAUUUUGUAACCGUGAUUUUUUA